AUGGUUACAGUUACAUCCGCUUGUUGCGGAGUCGAGACCAGAUCUCACCAUGAUCGACAAAGAGGAGAAGUGAUCAGUACGACACCACCAUUGAAUUAUAAUGAGAGUCAAGAACUUGCAUUCUGCAUCGUGGGCGUUCUGUACAGUGGCGCCAUGUUGAAGAAAUCUCUGGUGGCAGGUAUUCUGCUUGCUACUACUGUAGCACAAGACCUCAUUCCUCCGAUUUUUGAGACAGCUGAUUCUUUUGUGGAAGAGACUUGGGCUGCUGAUUCAAGUCCGAAGGUCAUAUAUAUCGAUGAGGAAUUUGCGUCUGUGUCGGAUAAAAAUGGUCUCUCUCUGAUUCCGCCUACCGCCCACGAGUUUGCAACUACGUUUCAAGAUGAUCUUGUCAAGAUCACAGGUUCCAACUGGACACUGAAGCGCGUUGAUGCACUUCCUGCCAAUUCCAGUGGUAUUUCACUUGGCUCCUACACCGGGGAAUCUUCUGACCUCACAUAUGAGAACGGAAAAUCGACAUCAGAAGGCUACGAGAUCAUCAUCAACUCCAACCGCGUCUUCAUCGGCGGAUCAGGCGCUCGAGGAAUGUGGUGGGGAACCAGAACAUUUCUUCAACUUCUCCUCGCUGGCAAUGGGACGAUUACGAGUACUCUUGGUCGAGAUGCUCCGGCUUAUGCUACGAGAGGAUAUAUGCUUGAUGCGGGGAGAAAGUGGUACUCGAAGGAUUUUCUGAAGGAACUUUGCAGCUAUGCUUCGUUCUUCAAGAUAAAUGAGUUUCACUAUCAUCUCAGUGAUAAUUAUCCACUAAAUCGUGGCAAGAAUGAGAGUUGGCGGGAUGUUUACUCGCAUUUUUCGCUGUUGCCGGAGGAUAAAUCGCUGAGGGGUAUUCUUCAUGGACGUGAGAACGAGACACUGUCGAAAGACGACUUCAUGGAACUACAGAGUCACUGCGCGUCUCGAGGAGUAACAGUCGUUCCAGAGAUUGAGGCACCAGGUCACUCUUUGUAUCUCACCAAGUGGAAACCCGAACUGGCUUUGGCAAAGAAGGACUUGUUGAAUCUGACACAUCCGGAUACCUUACCAAUAGUACAGAGUAUCUGGAAAGAGUUUCUACCGUGGUUCAAGACGAAGGAAGUUCAUAUUGGCGCUGACGAGUACGACGCUGAGCUUGCAGAUGACUACAUCACCUUCGUCAACAAAAUGAGCCGUUUCAUCAACUCUACAGCCAACAAGCGAAGUCGAAUCUGGGGUACACACGAACCAUCAAAACGAAACCAAACCAUCGAUAAAAACGUCGUCAUUCAGCACUGGCAGUACGGUCAAUCAGACCCCCUGCACCUCGUCAAAGAUGGCUACGAUGUUAUCAACUCAGAAGACUGGUGGGCCUACACAAGUCUCAAAAACGACCACAUGCCAAUUCUACCCGCGCGAUACCCGCAGUUCUUUAACGAGAGUCGUGUUUUCAACUUUGCAGACAAACAGGAGUGGCAGUGGACGCCGGCUGAUUUUAACCCCGUGAACACGAGUCUGCAACUCAAGAGUGAUGAGGAGAGAUUGAGGGGUGCUACGUUGGCUGCGUGGAAUGAUAACGGCCCUGAUGCGACUACUCAACUUGAAGCGUAUUACUCUAUGCGGAGGGGUAUAGCUGUUGUAGGAGCGCGGGCGUGGAGUGGAAGUCGAGGACCGAAGUUGUUGGAGGAGACGAGUGAUACUAAUGUUGACUUUUACUCUCCUCGGGCUCCAGAUCAGAAUCUCGAUAGGGUACUAUCUCUUGAGGGAAAUGGUACGCUGGUAUCAUGGACUCGCUCAGAUGCUGAUGGAAAGGAAGUUCAUCUUGGUCAGGGUAGCAAGGGGAUGAACUACACCCUCACACUCUCCAUCACUAGUCCUUUUACCCUCUCCGGCCCUGAUAACACUCUAUCCUUCGAUAAGGAAGGAAAUCUUGUCUUCACCGCUGAUGGAUUGGAGUAUCCCCUUCGCAGUGUUACCAAAGAUGACGCCCUAGAUCUUGACCCCGGAGCUCCAGGUCGUAUCUGGGUGAACACCUCAUCCACGCACAAACCUGUCAAGGUCUCUACUCCUGUUAAUAUCACUUUGGUGACGGAUGUUCUCCAUGGAACGGUUGUCUUCAUCGAUAGUGAAGUGGUAGGAAGAUUUGAGGUCUUUGUGUAUGGCGGGAGGAAUACGCAGUUUAGCUGGAGUCAGAUGGCGUUUGUUGCACCGCUGGAUAGGAUUGAGGGAGGUUUGGAGCGUCUUAUCUUGACUGGAUCUUCCAACUUUAUGGGAACAAGUGGGACAGGUGGGAAAGAGCCUGCUGACGUUCCUCAGGGAAGUAGUGCUGCUCGAUGCUUCGCCUCGUCCGCGUUUAUCACGUUAGGUUUCUCGUCUAUAGUAUAUGUAAAUCAAGCAGCAGCCAUUCAAGAAACUUACAACUCAUCUCUCCGACUUGGAAUCUAG